AUGGACGCUAUAGCUACUAGAGGGCGUUCCGAGUUCAACUGGAAUGGCGCACGUGAACGCUUCGAUCCAGGAACUUCGAUUAAUGCGACUCGAAGCAGAUGUUCCACCACCACUCACGCAACCUUAUUUUCUGGCGUUUGUGUGGCUACUUGGGAGGAAGAGGAGGAUGAAGAAGAAGAAGAAGAGGAGGAGGAGGAGAAGGAGGGGAAGGAGGACCCUGAACUCUACUAG